GUGAAACUUUAUAAGCAAAAAGUAAAACCUGAAGAAUACUAAAAUUUAGAACCAGGGAGAGCAGACAUUUGACCAACGACCAACGCCCCCGCGUCCCUUCUGCAGCUUUUUAGGGUUUCUCUGGUUUUGCUUCCAGUUUUUUGGUUUGUCAGCGUUCUUGAUUCAGCUACCGGAAUAGGGUCUCGGAAUUUUGUGAAAGAUUGAAGAACAAGAAGUGGGGCGGAAUAGGAUGGAAGAAGGAUGGAGGGGAGCUGGAAGCAUUGAAUCCACCUUCUAAGUCAAUUCUCUCAGAUGGGGCAUUUCACUGUGAACCUCUAGGAAGUAAGUUCCCACAGGAGGGGAAGCAGCAUAUUUAUUUUGCUAACACUUGGGAGGGCAGCAAUAUAUCCGUUUCAUGUUUUAUAUCAAGUAUCCAUUUGAUGCUGUGAACAACCUAAUGCGUCUGGAUUUUGCUGGAGGGGAAAAGACGCUUGAGAUUCUGCCCUUAUAGUUUAGUUUUAUAAGUCAGUUGAUCGAUCAGGUGAAGUUGCUGAAAUGGAUAAUUCAAACAGGCAGAUGACUAGGCACCCUGAUCAUUUAGGUGUGAACAAGUUGGGCAAGAAUAUAAAGAAGAGUCCUAUACAUCAACCUAAUUUUGCUAGUCCUGCUAGGCAGCAACCUCAGCCUCAGGUUUAUAACAUCAACAAGAAUGAUUUCCGUAACAUAGUGCAGCAACUUACUGGUUCACCCUCACAUCACCAAGAAGCGCCUGCACCUAGGCCACCUCAAAAUCCCCCCAAGCCAGCCAGUAUGCGAUUGCAGAAGAUUAGACCACCACCUUUGAGUUCAAUAAAUCGACCUCCCAUGCCCAUGCAGCAUCCCGCACCACUGGCAGCACCUGCACAACCUCCACCUGUGGUUCCAUACAAUAACAACUUUGCAAGGCCUCCACUUCCUCAUUAUGGCCAACCCCCACCCACCAUGAUGCCACCUUUCCCCCCAGGCGAUGCUUGGGCUAAUACAGCUGAGUCGCCGAUAUCAGCUUACGUGCGUUACCUUCAAAAUUCAAUUAUGGAUCCAGGGCAAAGGUCCCCUCAGCCACAUCCUUAUGCCCAUUCGUUACCUCAAGGUCCUGUCUCAAACCACGUUCCACCACCUGCAUCUGGUUUACUUCCUAACCCACACAUGCCUACGCAACCAUCUCCUAGAUAUAGCAUGCCGCCUCCUCUUCCAUCACCUAGGAUGAAUGGCCCACCUCCUCUUAUGUCUCCAAGGAUGAAUGCCCCACCUCCCCUUCCAUCCCCUAGGAUGAAUGGGCCUCGUCCUCUUCCUUCUCCCAGAAUGAAUGGACCUCCACCAUCUCUUCCUUCACCUCGAAUGAAUGGUCCUCCACCACUUUUACCCUCUCCUACUUCUCAGUUUCUUUUGCCAUCUCCAGGUUUCUUUAAUACGCUAUCUCCCAGAUCACCUUAUCCUUUACUUUCUCCAGGUUAUCAGCAUCCUCCUCCAAUGACACCUAAUUUUUCUUUUUCUCCCAUGGGCCAAUCGGGAAUAUUGGGUCCAGGUCCUCAUAUGCCUCUUUCUCCUGGUUAUGGAUUUCCUUUGUCUCCAUCUGGAUUUUUUACCAUCCCGAGUCCAAGGUGGAGAGAUCAAUGAUGUAGGAAAGAGCUACUGACUAUGCCGGGGCUUCUACAGCGGUUUUGCUAUGACCUUGGUAACUGAUAUAUUGUACUGUAGUUUCUGCUGUGAAUUACUUUUUCUUCUGUACUGUAAGAGAUCAUUUGAAAGUUCUAGUCUUUGGUAGUGAUUUGGUUUUUUGUCAAUAUUCAUUUCAGGUCAUUUUAUGAGUUGUAGAAUAUGUAACAAUUGCAUUCUGUUGGUUCCUGUUAAUCAUGAGGAAAAAUAUUCAUUUCAGGUCAUUUUAUGAGUUGUAGAAUGUGUAACAAUUGCAUUCUGUUGGUUCCUGUUAAUCAUGAGGAUAGAGCUUCCUCCACUUUUUCAUUAUGUUGCAUUCUGUCCUCAACUGUGAUAAAUUGUGUCAAAGUCUAACCUUACCUAGCCUACUUUUCAUUCAUCAGUUGUAAACAGAUUCAACCUUAG